AUGGCCGCUUCACGAUCAUCUAGUGAGCGCACUGGCUCCUUACAGUCACUUCACGCCGGAAAAACACCGCUUCAAACAAAAGCGGAUCCUAAUACAGCUCUAUACGAGGCUCAACCAAUGGCCGUUAAUGCCGAACCUGGCACAGGAGCGUUCUCUCUUCGCAGUAUUCAGCACAAGGAUCGACAGGGAAAAAUAAUUGCCGAUCCCGACCGGUCGAAUCCUACCCGCGCUCGCCUUGAGCGUCCACUCGAUACCAUUCGAUCCUUUGAAGCUGCCAUUGAGUCUCAUCGCAAGCAGAAUCAUGCGUGA